CACGCAUCACUUUCCUUAUCGUGUCUAUUUCACCACGCUGAAUCACAGUCACCGGCCUGUAUAUAUACACCGUGUUAUAAACACCUGUCAUUCAUCCCGUCAACCCCGGACAGAUAUAGACAACUACUUGGUCAAUCAUCAUGAGCAAUUACCCAGGCUACCCCGGUUAUCCUAAUCAGCCUCCCGCAGGCGCCUACCCGGGACAACCCGCAGGAUACCCCAGCGCCCACGGAUACCCCGGGUAUCCAGGGGGUGAUAAGGUGGUUGUGAAAGACGGAAAUACUAAAACGGUCUACAAGGACGGGCACACCAAGACGGUUGUCAAUGACGGCCAUUGUAAAACCGUCUAUAAAGACGGAUAUAAAGUUGAGGAAAAGCACGACCACCAUCAUGACCAUCACGUAGGAGUGGGUACAGCUCUCGGAAUGGCGGCUGGAGCCGUCUUUAGGGGCCUCACCGGACACAGUGACCACCAUCACCAUCACGACUCCCAUCACCAUGGACACCACGACCACCACGACCACCACGGACACCACGAUCAUCACGGACAUCACGGACACCACGGACACCAUGACCACCACCACGACCACCAUCACCACGGCAUAUUUGGCCACAAGUGGUAGACCCUACCCGGUUGGGCUGAUCUGAAUAGAUCUGACUCAGGGUCAUAUCUAGCCGGCCGAAUACUCAGUGAACGUGAAUUCACAAAGAGUUGUAUAUACAUAUAAGACGUAAUAAACAGUAAAGCCAG